AUGAUCAAGCCAUCAGCUGAUUUCAAAUGCCCGAAUCCGGAGCAGUUCAAAUGUAGCUCGAAUCAGUGCAUUGAAAAAGUCUGGGUUUGUGAUGGUGAAGCCGAUUGCACCGGCGCUGAUGAUGAAGAUCCACAGCUUUGCAAAGGUGCCAUCUAUGUCUCAUCUUAUUCACUGCUUAGCAAUUUUUAA